AUGGGGUCUGUCGGAAAUCAAAAUCAAAAUCCCUGGUCGCCAUACGAGAACUACAGAGACUGCUCCUUGGGGAUUUGCAGCAUAUACUGCCCCCAAUUUUGCUACCUCAUCUUCCCCCCUCCUCCGCCGCCGGACGCCGGCCCGGAAAGCCCCCUCUCGCCGCUCGUCAUCGCCGUCAUAGGCGCCGUCGCGAGCGCUUUCCUCCUCGUCUCCUACUACACCAUCGUCACCCGCUACUGCCGCCGGCGGACCAGCCCCGACCCGAAUCCCGAGAUCCAGAACGGUCCGGCCCGAGACGAGUGCCGGGCCGGGCCGGACGGGCUGGACGGAUCCCUAAUCGAGAAAAUCACCGUGUGCAGGUACAGAAAGGGGGAUGGUUUAAUCGAGGGCACCGAGUGCGCCGUCUGCCUCAGUGAGUUCGAGGAGAACGAGUCGUUGAGGCUUUUGCCGAAGUGUAGCCACGCUUUCCACCUACCCUGUAUUGACACGUGGCUGAAAUCGCAUUCUAAUUGCCCUUUGUGCCGUGCCAACGUGGCGGCCUCGGGUCAGGCGGCCGUUGAAGUGAAUGCCUGUGAGGUUCGGAGGCGGGAGGACUUAGUUCUGGUCGUGGAGAAUCGGGACAGUGAUUUUCGCGAGAGGGUUGUUGCGAUUAACGGUGGUGUUGUUGAUGGUGGAAAUUUUGGGGAUCCACAAAAGCGGCUUUUGGUUUCGGAUAUUUUGAGAUUUGAAGAGAUUGAGGAGUGUGUGAGAGUGGAGAUUGAUGAGCUUUGGAACGGGGCUGGCUCGUCUAGUGGGGAUAGGGGCAGAGUUGGAAAUUUGCUCAGAAGCCCGGUUGAGGUGAGAAGAGAGAGAGUUCAUGGACAAAGAUCAUGA